AUGGCGGACGGCGCGGAUAACUCGGCGGCGGCGACGACGACGCCGAACGAAUUGUUCGCGCUCGCGGGCGGGGAGGUGCCGUUUUGGGCGAACAUGGUCAAGUACGCGCGAUUUUCGAUCAGCAUCAUGGUCGGAUUCGCGUACAUGUUCGGAAGGCCGGUGGCGGCGCUGCUGAAGAAGCCGCAGACGGCGGCGGCGGUGGUCGCGGUGGGCGCGGGAGGGUACGUGUUCUUUAAGUUUACGAUCGAAACCAUGCUCGGGAUGAACGAUCCGUCGACCAUGGGCUAG